AUGGACAAGCGACCUGAUCCCGAACUGAGAAUGGUCGACUUUUCCGACGACGAAACUCUAUGCGAUGAAGACGAGGAGGAGCUCGGCUCAGCCUCCGCUUUGGGAUUGGCCGCAGAAGGCUCCCCGGCAGCCAAGCGUGCCCGAAUCGCUUCACCACCGGUUGCCGCUUAUCCCCAAAGCCUUGUCAACACAACGCUGCAGCUCGUUUGCCUGCUCUACGAUCCCGAUGCACUCGCCCUGGCCGAACAACUGCUACUCAAAUGGAUCCCGGACGUGACCACGGCUGGUCUACUCUGCCGCCUACCUAUUCUUCAUGAACUGCACACCUGUACUCAGAGUCCCCAUGCCCCCAGUGCACAAGCUGCGAUCCACAUUCUCUCCUCCGUUGCUUGUUCCCAUAAAUCUCUCGCUCGCACCCUCCUCUUGACACUUGGUCCAAACGACUUUCUUCAACUUCUCGGCAACGUACCCCGAGACAGCCUCAUGACGCUACUUUUUGAUUGCCUGACCGAGAGCAUGCUGGGAGAGGCCAUUUUCAAGCCCUCAACCCCCAAUCGCGCCAUUCUCACGGCCUUUUUGUCCCGACUUGAGGUCGACAUCCUUCGACACGCCCACGCCUCCACUGCCAUUGUGCGACAACUCGUUCACCUACUCGUCACGCACAUGCAGAAGCGAGGCCUUACCCUCACUGACUUGCUUCCCAUGCUGAACACUCGCGAUCGUGAGCACAUCAAGCUGACCAGCUACUUUCUGUGUGCGCUGGCCAAUGAGCCAUCGGUGCAGCCCCACUCCGUGGCCAGCUUUGCACACAAGCUCGUUGCGUCCUUUGCUCAACUUGAGCGCACGGCCCUCCUGGCCUGCCUGCAAUGUUUGGAUCGCGUCGUGUUAGCCCAGCGGCCUCCACGCUCCGCCCAUGUUUUGGACCGCGCUGAUUGGCAUCGACUCAUCUUUAUCCUCGAGUCCGAACGGCUCGGCUGUGCCUACGACGACGUCUUCGCUCUCACUGCUCGCAUCAUUUGCGAAGCUGCAGAUGCAGACAUUGUCGAACCCAGCGUUCUCUUUGACGGCAUCAACCUGGACAUGUUUACGAGUUCCCUCGAGUCACGCUUGCGGUACUAUUUUAGCGCGCAAGUACCAAGCAAGGUCGUUGAGUACAUGCUAGCUCUGGUCCAGCUUCUCAUCAAGUCGGCGGGCUCGGGCCCGGCUAACCUCAUUGACGCGCUGCCCCUGGAGUUGCUCUGCGAGAUUAUACUCGCCCCGGCCGGGCUUGCCUCAAGCACGCAUGCGCGCAUUGUGUCUUGCAUUCACGACUGCGUCAUCUUCAAGCCAGACGUGGUCCCGCGACUUUGUACCGAAUCAGACUGCCUGGUUUGGUUUAGCCGCUUCGUCGACGACCGCAGCUCGCCAGCCGAGCGCGAGCUACUUGCCGAUGUCCUGCGCCUGCAUUCUGAGCACGCUCGGGAGCUCAAGUCUAUUCUUGGCAAGACCGCUCACAUUGAAGCGCUGCACGCGCUCAUUUGGAAACCCCCCGCCAAUUGGCAACGCCACGUCAUCUGGAUGCUUCGCUAUGCCUCUUCCGGAAGCGAGCGCCGCAAGGAACAGGUUUUUCGCCUUGGCGCGCAGACCAUCCCCGCUUUGGCCCAACGCCUCGGCCAGGACCUAAGUCCGGGUAUUCAAAAGGAGCUGGCUGCCUUUUUCAAGAGCCUCACCUCCAUGGCCGGCGCACGCAAGGACAGCAUCUUCGGCUGGCUUGACUUGCCGGCCGUCAGCAGCCUCCUCUCCUCUCCUUUUGAAAGCGUCCAGGAGCACGUGGCCGGCCUACUCCGCAACCUCACGCACGGCGACACGCACCGCAAAGAAGCCGUUUUCUCCGCCAUUGACCUGGACAUUCUCAUGUCCCUCCUCUUCUCUCCCUCGGUGCGCGUCCUACAGUCGGUCACGGGUUUGCUGCAGAACCUUUGCACCCGCAGUGAAGACCGCCGUACCACCGUUUUUGCACACCUGCCUCUCGAGCAGGUGGUGACGCUCCUGCGCCACCCAGAUGUUCGAGUUCAUGCGCCAGCAGCCGGCCUUCUCAUGAACCUCUGCCGCCAAAGCCAUCACCGUAAGCAGAAAAUUCUCACUCGCAUGCCUCUCAGCACGCUGACCAGCUUUUACGACCAUGGGCCACCGGACCCAGCGCUGGCAGACCAAGCUAAUGGGUUGCUCCAACACCUGCGCAUGGCCUUUCUGGCAAGUUCGCGGGAGGCGCUCCAACAAUAUCUGCAUGAUGUUGUUCACAACGACAACGAUGCGUAA